GUUUAUUGAAAACGCAGAAACGCUGGAUCAUAUUGACGACGAGCACACGUCGCGCACUCAAUUACAAAUAUGUUUAGAACUCUGAUAAAAUUAAUAUUAAUAAAUUUCGCUGUAGGAGUUAUAGUGCAAGUGAAAAACGGAAAACUCAAAGGGAGAUUCGGAAAGAGUGUUAAUGGAAGGGAAUAUGCGAGUUUCCAAGGAAUACCUUACGCCGCGCCGCCAACUGGAAAAUAUAGAUUUGUGGAAGCGACCGAAAUGCCACCGUGGACUGGAGUUUGGAAUGCCGACAAGCCCCUGUCUCAAUGUUUGCAGUUUGAGCCCAUCAUGGGGUCCGUAACAGGAAGUGAGGAUUGCCUAUUUUUAAACGUUUACACACCAUCUUUAAAUAGAUCUGCGAAGUUACCAGUUUUAGUGUUCAUUCAUGGCGGUGCUUUCAUGUUUGGGACCGGGAAUAUUUAUGGUCCCCAAAGAAUUAUGGAUUGGAAUAUGGUGGUUGUUACUAUUAAUUAUAGAUUGGGACCUUUAGGAUUCUUAAGUACAGGUGACAAUGUAGUACCUGGUAAUGCUGGGUUAAAAGACCAGAACCUUGCUUUGAUCUGGGUGAAAAACAAUAUACGCUACUUCGGAGGGAAUCCUGAUAACGUUGUUCUUUUUGGGAACUCCGCCGGUUCUUCGUCUGUCCAUUAUCACCUUUUAUCCCGACGUUCACAUGACAAAUUCCACCGUGGCAUAAUGUCGAGUGGAUCAGCGCUGGCUCCAUGGGCCCAGCAGACGAAGCCAGAAAAAAAUGCCAGAACCUUAGCAGAUCUUGUGGGAUGUCCCAGCGAUAAUAACCAGGAAAUGGUCGAAUGCUUCCGCACCAGACCUGCAGAUGUCAUCGUAAGCGCCCAAGCCGAUAUGUUGGGUUGGCGAGCACAACUAUUCACUCCGUUUACUCCAGUAGUGGAACCGGAGUGUCCUCAUGCAUUUAUUGAUACACACCCCUACCUCAGUACUCUUGAAGGAUCGUUUAAAAAAGUACCACUUCUUAUAACCACGACAUCCGAGGAGGGACUAUAUCCAGCUGCAAUUUUCCAAUCAAAUGCAACUCUGCUACCAGAAUUGGAAGCCAGGUGGACAGAACUAUCGUCAAUUAUCUUCAACUACUAUGAUACAUUACCUAAACGUCGCCGAGAUGACGUGGCUUCGAAAAUUAAGGAUUUCUAUUUAAACAAUCGAGCUGUUAAUCAAGAAACAUACCAACAAUUAGUAAAGGCGUUAACCGAUCGUAACUUCUACGUAGAUAUAGGAGAAUUCACGCGAUUAUUUGUCUUAAAAAGUACUCAGAAAGCUUACAUGUACCGAUACAGCUUUCGAGGUGAAAAAAGCCUUUCCGACAUGAUUGGAAAAACUAAUGUCAAUUACGGUGCGAGCCACUCGGAUGAUCUAUUUCGUAUAUUUGUUCUGCCAAACUUUGAUCUUAAUAGGUCCGACGAUAUCGAAAUAAUACAGACAUUAAUUAAAAUUAUUUAUUCGUUUUCAACGACUGGAGUGCCUACUGUAGAUAACUCCCAAUGGAACCCAGUCACUCCAGGACCAGAAAUUAAUCUAUUGGAUAUCUUGGCACCUGACAACAUGAAAAUGUCGCAUUAUGCUAAUUUUGGGAACAAGACAUUUUGGGACAGUCUCGGAUUUAAUGAAAACGAACGAAUUUUACGAUAUUAGAAUUAUUAAAUUUUCAACAUCAAGCGAUCUAUUUCUAUUUGAUGCUGAAAUUUAAUUUUAUAAUGCUUCAUUACGUAAUUAAACACCGAAAAUCCUUCAUUAAAACAUUUCAUAUUCUACUUUGUCUAGUAUAAAGCCUGCUUACUGCUAAGUACAGGAUUUAAAACAUUUCUCGUUUUAAAAAAUGUUAUAGUAAGCUUUUUUUUUAAUAAUAAAAAUAAUUUAUUUAUAGCAAGAAUGUGGUACAAAAAUGUGUAAGGUGGUACAAUCAUAAGUUCGCAUAUUCUGCCACACACAAUGGCGCGCAAAUUUGUCUUUAAAGGAAUUUUACAUAAUUAAUGAUAUGAAUUUGUCAACUCUUAUAUUCUUUGUAUCGUACAUAUCAUAUCAUACUUUAUUAAAUGUAUAUCAACUACUAUAGUACAUUUUUUCCAAAAGUAAAACACCAAGUCGCUAUUUAAAGACUCUAGUCGGAAGAUCUUUUAUUUCUUUUGGCAAUUUAUUGUAAACUUUAAUUGCCAUACAAAAGGUGUUUUUCCUAAACAGUUCCAGAUUGAUUUUUGGCACAGCCAAUUUCUCCCCAUGUCUAUUUAUUACUUCGACUUCUAUAUUCGACUUAAAAAUAUGUAUGUUUCUGUGCACGAAUAAGGAUAUUUCUAAAAUAUAAAUACAGGCAAGAUAUAAAAUUUUGAGCUUCUUAAAUAAAAGUACGCAACUAUCAAGACAGUUUGCUCCACAAAUUGCUCUAAUACAUUUCUUUUGAGCCUUAAAUACCCUAUUUACUUCGACUGAAUUUCCCCAAACUAUAAUUCCAUAUCUAAUUAUACAUGAAACAUGCAUGAUAAGCAGCUAAUACCGUUUCAUGUUUAACAGUUUCCCUUAGUCGUUUUAACACAAAAACGAAGCUGUCUAUUUUGUUCUGUAAUUUUUCAAUAUGUGCUUUCCAACUACAAAAUUUAUCUAGCGUAAAACCUAAAAAUACACACUCGUUUAUUAUGUCUAGUUUAUUGCUUUUAUAUUGUACCUAAGUCUAUUUAUGUUUUAAUAUGUCUGAAAAUGGAUUAUGUUAGUUUUAUGGAUUGAAAUGGAUUAUGUCAUGUUUAUUUGUAGAUUAUUUGAAUUCAUCCAGUUGAUGGCGUCGUUAGAGAUUUAAUUAAGUUGUUUUUUAAAUCUUGUUAGUUUUUACUUUUUAUUAUAAGUGUAGUGUCAUCAGCAAAUAGUAUACAGUUUUGGUAUCUGGGAGGUCAUUUAUGUAUGUUAGAAAAUGUAGUGGGGCUAAAAUACUGCCUUGAGGUGUUCCGUAUUAAUUUUUCUUAAAAUUGGAGGUUUCUUGUUCUAGUUUACAAAUCUUGGUAAUUUCCACACAUUGCAUUCUAUUUUCAAGGUAACUUUUCACCCUAUAAGCAUUACCUCUUAUUCCGUAGAAAUCUAAUUUUUUUAAAGUCAUUUCAUGGCAUACAAAGUCAAAAGCCUUUGUCAUAUCUAGAAAGAUGCAACCUAUAAGCAUUUUAUCAUUUAAGCAUUCAGUAAUUUGUUUGACUAGGGAAAAGCACGCAAGGGUGGUAGAUCAAUUUUUCUGAAACCAAAUUGUUCUUUUUUUUAAAUAUCGUAUGAUAAAAGGAAAUUCUCUAUUUUGUUAUACAACUUUUUCGAAAAUUUUAGAUAAUAUAGGAAUUAAAGCUUUUGGUCUAUAAUUA